AAGUGAACCGGAAGUUGUCAUUGGUUAAUGGUAGCUAGCAGCUCGAUGACACACAUCAGAACAUCGGACUUGAUUAUUUAUUAUUGGUGCUUCAUCGACUAGUUCACAGUCAAGCGGAGCAAUCUGACCCUAGAUCGAGGAGGAUGUGUGAGGAACAGACGGUGUCUCUGGUUGAUGUUCUGGAGGAAGACGAGGAGCUAGAGGAAGAAGCUUCAGCUGUGCUGGCAGGAAGUGACUCUGACCACUGCUCCUAUCCUCAGGGCUAUGUGAAGCGGCAAGCUCUGUAUGCCUGUAACACCUGCACGCCAAAGGGCAGCGAGGCGGCCGGCAUCUGUUUGGCGUGCUCCUACAAAUGUCACGAAGGUCAUGACCUCUUUGAACUGUACACUAAGAGGAACUUCCGCUGUGACUGUGGAAACGGGAAGUUCUCGGAGCUGCAGUGUAAACUCCAUCCGGACAAAGAUGAGGUAAACAGUCUGAAUAAAUACAGUCAGAAUUUCUUUGGAGUUUACUGCACCUGCGGCCGACCGUACCCAGACCCAGAGGAUCAGCACUUCCUGUGUGUCUAUGUUUGUGUGUGUGAUGCACUUCCUGUUUUAGUACCGGGGGGAGCAGCGGAGGUGAAGGAGGAAACGGCAAAAGAGCCCACCAUUCCCAUCAAAGAAGAAGAGGUUGAUGAUGCCAUUGAGCCCAGUUGCAAGCGGAGCCGUGAGGAAGUGGAGCCGAGAUGCAGACUGAAGGAGCUGCAGGUAAUUGGUCAGAAAAGAGUCCAAUCAGGAGCUGUGUUCUGGCCUUCACCGUGGCGUUCCAAACUCUGCUCCUGCAGAAUGUGCCAGCUGCGCCUGCUUGAAGCUGGUCUGUCCUUCCUGUUGGACGAGUCAGACACAGUCCUCGCCUACGAAAACAAAGGAAAGAACAGUGAGCAGAGACGACAGGAAGAUGACCCUCUGAUGUCAGCGCUCGACAACCUGAACCACGUGCAGCAGCUCGAGAUCAUCCAUGGUACUGAUACUUCUACUACUAAUACUACACACGCGAAGUUGUAAUAAUUUCUAAGGUCAUGGUAAAAAAAGAAGUGUGAGAAA